AUGAAGCACAAGUUUGGAAAGUUCUUCAACGUCCUUAAUCCUAACCACCGCCAUGACGAAGAGCACGAGCAAGCAACCGACAGGAAGCGAACCGAAAUUGCGGAGUCUCAUCGAUUCGAGUCAUACGCCCCAAUUCGCGAGAACAACAACCUUAAGUGGUAUGUCGAUGCUCUGGACUAUCUCUGGGCGGUCUCGAUUGCGCUCGACCAGGCCCAGGAGGUCAUCUACCUAGAGGACUGGUGGAUCUCGCCGGAAUUGUUCUUGCGGAGGCCUCCCUUCGACAAUCAGGAAUGGCGUUUGGACCAAAUUCUCAAGCGGCGCGCUGAGGCUGGUGUGAAGAUCUACAUUAUUGUGUACAAGGAGGUCAACCAAGCGCUUACUUGCAAUUCGGCCCAUACCAAGCAUGCCUUGGAAAGCCUUUGUCCCGAAGGAAGCCCUGGUUACAAAAACAUCAAGGUCCUGCGCCAUCCAGACCACAACAUCUUCGAGAAUGCGGCAGACAUGACUCUCUACUGGGCUCACCACGAGAAAUUCAUUGUUAUUGAUUACGCCUUGGCUUUCAUUGGUGGUAUCGAUUUGUGCUUCGGACGAUGGGACGCUCAUCAGCACCCCUUGGCUGACUGCCAUCCAUCGAACUUCAAAAACGACAUUUUCCCCGGUCAGGAAUUCAACAACAACCGCAUUAUGGACUUCCAGAGUGUUGCACAGUGGCAGAGCAAUGAGAUUAGCAAGUCAGAAUACGGCCGUAUGCCAUGGCAUGACGUUGGCAUGGGUCUGAUCGGCGACUGUGUAUACGACAUCGCCGAGCAUUUCGUCCUCCGGUGGAAUUUCGUUAAGCGAGACAAGCACAAGCGAGAUGAAAAGGUGGACUGGCUUAUGCUCGAGGGACGCACUGGCGAAGAUGAAGACCUCGUCGCGGUUCAGCGUCCGAAAUUCCCCUGUGGUGAUUAUGUUCAGCAUCCAUUCAGGCCGUUGGACACCAAGCCUCGCGGAAAACAGGGCUCCGUGAGGGCACAGCUUGUGCGCAGCAGUGCCGACUGGAGCAGUGGUAUUUUGCUCGAGCAUAGUAUCCAGAAUGCUUACAUUGAAAUCAUUCGCAAAGCGCAGCACUUUGUCUACAUCGAAAACCAAUUCUUCAUCACCGCUACUGGAGAGCAUCAGGCACCUGUUCACAAUGUUAUUGGAAGCGCGAUUGUCGAAGCUUGUGUCAGAGCUGGUAAAGAGGGAAGAAAGUUCAGGGUCAUCAUCUUGAUCCCGGCUAUUCCUGGUUUUGCCGGCGACUUGCGACAGGUUGAGGCGACCGGUACUCGUGCAAUCAUGGACUACCAAUACAAGUCUAUCUGCCGUGGUGAACACUCGAUCUUUGGACAGAUCAAGGCGCAGGGUGUUGAUCCGACACAACACAUUUUCUUCUUCAACCUGCGUGCGUACGAUCGUAUCAACAAGACUCCUGCUCUGUUGAAACUUGAGGAGGAUGCCGGUGUAUCUUACCAGGAUAUCCAGCGUGGUAUUGCCGAGACGAUCAUGAGUGAUAGUGUCCACCCUGCAAUUGGCAAGGAGGGCGACAAAGGCGAAAAGGACUACGAGACUGGGGCUGGUGAAAUUGAAGAAAAGAUCGAGCGGUUGCGCAAGUUCGAGCAGCGGCUCGAGGCUCGCGAGUCUGAUGAAGGACUGUUUAGCAGAGACACAGUUGCCCACACCACCAUGUUAAAUGGGGGUAAAAUGUCCGACGAGGCUUGGCAGGGUGACCCAGAAGGUGAGAAGGACAAUUUUGUCCAGGAAGAGCUCUACAUUCACGGUAAAGUGUGUAUCGUGGAUGACCGAGUUGCUAUCUGUGGUAGUGCGAACAUCAACGAUCGAUCGCAACUCGGAUUCCAUGACAGCGAGCUUGCCAUCGUUAUGGAGGAUGAAGAUCUCAUGGACAGCUGGAUGGACGGCAAACCAUACAAGGCAGGACGCCACGUUGCCACCCUUCGACGGGAGUUGUGGAGAGAACAUCUGGGACUGCUUCCGGCACAGGACUACGACGCAUCACGUGAACCCAACGCGCAGCCCCCAGGUGUCUGCCCCAACAAGAUCCUGGAGGGUCCCGAGAACGACUUCGUCGCGGAUCCCCUGGGUGAGCGACUCUGGGACAUGUGGACUGAUCGGGCCACUGUCAACACGGAAGUGUUCCGGCUGCUCUUCCGCGCCGAUCCUGACGACAACAUCCGGACGUUUGAGGACUAUGAUAAGUUCUCGCCUAAGGGAUCGAAGCAGGGCCACCUGUUCGAUCCUUUCCAGCCGGUUAAACAGGUUCGCGAGCAGCUUGACAAGAUCAAGGGACAUCUUGUGUGGAUGCCGCUUGAUUUCUUGAAGGACGCUGAAAUGGCUGAGCCUGGUUUGCAGGUGAACCAGAUUACUGAAGUGAGUAUAUUACCGCUUGUGCUUGUCGGACAAGACUAA